GCCGCGCUGCCUUCAACUACAAUAAACAGUGAAGUGGUCGCCUGUAACAGAGCCCAGAACAAAACAACCCACUUAGUUCACCUCCACGCAGCUUGAGUAUAAGUUUUCUUGCUUGAACAGCGUAAGGUAGUACUAAGGGGUGCUUUUUGAGAUGAGCACCUCGUCGGUGGUGUGUUGUGACUUGUAGAAACCUGUCUGUUUAUCUUCUCUCUCGUACUUUGCGCCAUUCGACCGUCUCUGUUAAUGCGGGUGAUGUCAUGAGUCAGCUAUGGACCUGUUUCCUGUCUUUUCCUCUCCGAGCAGUAACUUUUAUAUCGCACGCAGCUUCUUUUCCCGCCUCCCCCUCGCGCAGCAGGCUUAAAACAGUCUGAAACGGACGGGUUUCGUGAGUACCCGCUCUUUUUUUUAUUUACUUUAUUUUUUGUUAUUCGAAAAGAACUGCUCCGUAAGUUUCCAUAUUUCUUGUUAAUUGAGACGCGAGUAGGAGGAGGAGGAGGAGAGGAGGAGGGAGGAGGUUGACUGACUUUCGUCUGCUGUUCGUCAGAGUCGGGGAGGAGCCUCUCUUUGACAAGAGAUUGCUUCUUCGGAGUUUGUCAGCUCCCGAAAAUAGAAGCCCGUGUGCCAAUGUGACUGAAAAUACACCGGUGUCACACCGCGUCCACAGGACUCUCUGAUACACAAGUAUCUAUAUACAGCGAGGGAGUGUGGAGGAAAAAAGGAAAAUUUCUUUCCCAAGGAGAAGAAAGCAGCAGGAAGCUCAGAGUGAAGCACUGAGAAAGGAAGGAAGAGCAAGAGCAAGAGUCGUGCUGGAUAUUCUGGGGCCAGAACGAAAGGUUAUCAGCGCUUUGAUCGUUGGAUAGUGGUGCGGACACAUCAGGAGAAACGCAGAGCAAGAGAGACGAGAGAGUGUGAGAGGAAGAAGAGAGAAGAGGAAGGUGGUGUACAAUGUGCUAGUGGAGUGGAGGAAGACGAGCGCAGGUGUUUUUCUGAUAUUCUCGGGGUGUCAGAGAGACCGACGAGGACGCCAAGAUGGGAAGAAAGAAGAUCCAGAUCACGCGGAUUAUGGACGAGAGGAACCGGCAGGUUACCUUUACAAAGCGGAAGUUUGGCUUGAUGAAGAAGGCCUAUGAGCUGAGCGUCCUGUGCGACUGUGAGAUUGCCCUGAUCAUAUUCAACAGCUCGAACAAGCUCUUUCAGUACGCCAGCACCGACAUGGACAAAGUCCUGCUCAAAUACACAGAGUACAACGAGCCUCAUGAGAGCAGGACCAACUCAGACAUUGUGGAGGCGCUAAACAAGAAAGAACACAGAGGCUGUGAUAGCCCGGACCCCGAUGCCUCAUAUGUCCUCACCCCCCACACAGAAGAGAAAUAUAAAAAAAUUAAUGAGGAGUUUGAUAAUAUGAUGCGAAAUCAUAAAAUCCCCACAGCUUUGCCCCAGCAGAAUUUCUCCAUGCAUGUGGCAGUGCCGGUGACGAACCCCAACGCCAUGUCCUACAACCCGGGGGGCUCUCUGAGCGGUCAGGGUCUGCCAGCUGCUGCUGCCUCGCUGACUGACGGCUCCAUGCUGUCCCCUCCGCAGGGCUCCCUCCACAGAAGCGUGGUGUCCGCCGGUGCCCCCCACAGGCCGCCCAGCACAGGCAGCGCAGGAAAUGGCUUCGUUAACCCCAGGGGCUCGCCGGGGCUUCUGGGUACUUCCAGCGGGAACGGGCUGGGGAAAGUCAUGCCUACAAAGUCACCGCCGCCACCAGGGGGCAACAUGGGCAUUGGCAGCCGCAAGCCAGACCUGAGAGUGGUCAUACCACCGUCCAGUAAAAGCAUGAUGCCCCCAUUGUCGGAGGAGGAGGAGAUGGAGUUGAAUACCCAGAGAAUAAGCAGUUCCCAGUCCACUCAGCCUCUGGCCACCCCCGUGGUUUCCGUCACCACCCCGAGUCUACCACCACAAGGCCUGGUCUACUCAGGCAUGCCUACUGCCUACAACACUGAAUAUUCCCUGAGCAGCGCUGAGCUCUCCUCUCUGCAAGGCUUCGGUUCUCCAGGGCUCUCACUGGGCUCCAUGUCGGCAUGGCAACAGCAUCAACUGGGCCAGGCAGCUCUCAGCUCGCUGGUGGGUGGUGGUCACGUACCUCAGGGCUCCACCCUCUCCAUCAACACCAGCCACAAUAUCAACGUCAAAUCGGAGCCCAUCUCACCACCUCGUGAGCGCGUCACCCCAUCAGGCUUCCCCCCUCAGCAGCAGCCUCAACCACCUGCCGGCCGGCCGGACAUGGGCCGCUCGCCCGUGGACAGCCUCAGCUCCUCCUGCUCUUCAUACGACGGCAGCGACCGUGAAGACCACCGGCCCGACUUCCACUCGCCCCCGCUUGGCCUGGGAAGGCCUCCCGCCCCUGGAGGCGAGGAGCGCCAAAGUCCCUCUGUCAAGCGCAUGCGCAUGGACACCUGGGUCACAUAAAAAUAGCCCGUGCGGCCCGAGCUCCGGUCAGCCACCCGGCAGACAGGCCACACAGGGCGAGAGAGCGAGAGGCCAGAGCAGGGAGGGUCCUCAUUGUUAUUAUUCUAUUAUUAUUUAACUUCAUUUUUUUGUUUGUUUCGGAAGGAGGUGGGGUGCUGAAGGAAAUUUAAAGAUGUCCUGACAUAUCGAAAUUAAGUGGUGCAACUAAGCAGGGAGAGAGAGAGAAUGAGUCGUUUACUCGGACUGCUUUGAUUACUCAGAACAGGCGUUAUCAGGUACUUGAUGCAUUGCGGAUUUUGCGAGAGUUCAAUGUUUAAGGAAAAAAAAAGACGUGAAUUGAGAUGUUUUAGGUUAUUGUAGUCACUGGUCCGGUCUGGCACUUGUAGUAGCUGUUUUUGCUGUUGAAUUUGCAGGUUUAAAACAACCAGAGCAAGUUUAAGGGCCUGCUUUCUUUCAGAAGGCUCUUGCCCACUGGCCUCUUGACUUCACAAACACUUAGAAAGUAAAAGUCACAUGUUAACUUAUUCAAGAGUGACCAUGUAAAAGCUUUUGGUUUACAAAGGGAAGUACAUGUCUAAAAUGAGAUCACAUCUCUUCAAAAAUUAUUAGGAUAGUAGCUGUUGUCAUAGGAAAGACAAUUCACUAAAACUUUAGUGUUAUUUUCUUGUUCAGACACAAACCAUGAAAUGUACAGUGUAUUACUGAUACACAAUUUUUUAAGAUAGUAAAAUAAGGUAAAGGUUAGCCCAGUGGAACUGGAGACAGGAGUCCUCAAUUUAAUGCAGCUCAAACAAUUCAAUGGUAAAAUAAGCCAAAGCCUGUAUGUUGAUUCCUGUUUUGUUGUAGGUUUGGAAAUCCUCAUUUCUCUCUAACUAUCCAUUUCAUCCCAGUUCUGUCAUAUUGUACUUCGUUACAAACUAUGAAAAAAAAUAUAUACACAUGCAAACCAGAUCUUGAAACAAUAUCUAAAGCCAUGAACACUUGCUGUUCUGUUUGUAAAUUAAAGAUUUGAGCCAAACUUUUUUUUUCUUUUGUUAUGUAUAUAGCAACUUUAAUAUAUAUCACCUUCGGUGUAAGUACGUAUGUAUUGUACCUUCACCAGAUUGAAGAAAAAAAAAGUAUAUUUUUGUGGAUUACUGCCAGGUUUACAAGGCGAGAUCCUUAUUAAGUAGAGUAUUCACUGGUUAAUAUUUACUAUUUUGUUAACUAUACUGUACUUUCUUCAAAUCUGACUUAUUAUUGCUAAUAAUAAUCAAAGUGUUUUAAUUUGAAAGAAGGUCAUUUUAUUUCCUUUUUUUGGGUCGUUUUCCCUUUAAUGAUGGUGAAUGUCUGUCCUCAAGAAAUUGUAACAACAGUGCUGUAAGUUUGAAAUCCCACUGUCUCUUUUUUUUCUUUUUUUUAGCAAAAGGUAAAUUGUCACAUUAAGGAAAGCAUUUUUUUUUUCUUUUUUCUUUUCUGUACCCAUCAUGGGAGGGGUUGAGCCAACAGCUGCUGAACACACUGCCUAAAGACCAAGGACCCAUUUCAGGCUUUAUCCAUUCAAACCCCAAUCUUGUUUCUCCUCAGAAACAAGUUGUGGAGAUUUUUUUUUAAUUGGGCUUCAUUUUUUAGAAUUGGAUUAACACUCACACCCUCCUUUCAAUCAAACCCCUCUUCAAAGGCACUUAAUGCUCCACAUUAUUACCCAUGUACUGUAAAUAUUAUAACCCUGUUGAAACCUUAUACAUACAUACUAUGUACAGAACACACCUGUUUUCUUUCCCAUUUUUGUUUGGUGAAUCGACUCGGAGGAAAUAUCCGAUUUCUGAGGCAUCCGAUAGCUCUGUUAGUGCUGGAUACCAUGACGGGGGUGUACCGUCGUAUGUGUGUGCGUGUUGGCUCUCCGUUCUGCAUAUAUACACCCUUCCACCAUGCCGAGGCUCUACGUCUGCGCUUCUUCUUUCGUCCGCAACAGCAGCAGCAGCGUCCGGCUCACGCCUCACUGCCCUCUCCGCACUCCUCGAGGUGGCAGAGUGUCAGGGGAAUUCAGCAGCAAAAAGACAGCUCAAACGCUAGACAAUGCAAACCCAUCUCUCUGCUGGAUUGCACACGUCGUUCGUAUGGUUGGGUUCAUCGUCAGGGGGAAAAAAAUAUAAAAAAGAGGCUCCCUCUCUUUACAUUUGCUAUCUAUUUCCCAGCCUCCUCUCUUUGGGUGUUCUCAUUGCAUUUUAGAUACCUCCCUGCCCUCACAGGCACCAUAGCAGCUGGCAAUAAGCACCUGUUGAUCUAUGCAGUCUCUUAAGCAACACACAGCCCAGCACUGAGAAGGCUCCACACCACAGCGUCCACACUGAUAGGACCACUGAGGGGGAAAAAAAGAAUUUAAAAAUCAUACAUUGGAUAGGAUAUAGUCCCAUGCCCAUUUAUAAUGUUGCCUAGCAUACAAACAACAUGCUCUGUAUUUGAGCCUGUUGAGAAAAUGACUGUUAACCGCAAACCCUUAAGUGCUUGCAUCUAAAGUAGGCCCACGUUUGUAUUGGCUCCACUGUAAGUACAACAGAAAGCCAUUUUGACUCUGAAUCACCUUAAUAUAAGCCCUUUGCUUUCUAGCUUUCGCUAGCUACUGCCUCCAAGUCUCAAUCACUCAAUGUAUGAACAAGUGUGACUGAAAGGAGAAGUUCAGAAGUUCAUUAGAAAUCCAUAUUUUUAUGAUGUCCAUCACAAAUGUAUAAUCACAAUCAACGCCUUUCAGGGUAGACAAGCAAUAAUGCAAUAAUGCUAUUGCAGUGCGCUGCAGGGUGGAGUAAUCACAUGCAGGGCACUCAAACUGCAAUGCACACACAAACACACAAUGCACACACACACAGACAUGCACACACACACACACACUAGCUCAUGAUUAGAAAUCAGGGAAUUUCUAGAGUUUCUCUCUUGUGCACAGUUAGAGCCUUAUUCCAAAGAGUAGUUGGUGUUCUAAAUCGAGCUUGAAAUUUCUCAUCAACAUCAAUUUCAUCCCCAAUGAAAAAAAAAGAAAAAAAAAGCUUAUCAUCAAAGUUUGGCCAUAGUCACCUCUUGUCGAUCAGCCCCCAGCGAACACACCCAAUAAAUACUUAGUAAAUCUAAAGGGAGGGAGUCACUCGUUUUGAUCCGAGCGUCGCUUAUGACAUCCACAAAAUGUACUGAAUGUGAAAUGAAGGGUUUAGGGAAGAAAAACGAUUCUUUGUAGAGAACUUUUCUUCACUUUGCUGUGCAAGAGUACACUGCUUUGCUUUAUGGCUUUUCUAAAAACAGAACUAUGUAUUUGGUAAUUGUUUGUAGUUCCUAGUUCACUUCAAGAAGCUGUUUGCGGUUUGAGUGCUCAAACCGUUUGGCGGCACAAGCUGGACUUUGUUGCCAUGAAUGAAAUUAAAUGUUUCAGAUAAAAGAAAAAAAAAGAAAGUCAAGAGAAAAAAAACUUUAAGUUAAUCUGCAUUAUAUUUCCCUUGAAUGUGUUGUUUUAUCUUCAUUAUACAAUAAAUAUUCUAGUGAACUUUUUAUUGAAUGACUAAGAUAUUAUGCUAGAGAUUGUUGUACAAAUUUGUAUUCUGCAUUCACAUAAGUAAAGAUAUUGGCUUUUACUGUGUAACAUAGGUUCUCUUGCUUAUUCUGUACAAACUGAAGUGAACAGCUCUCUGAAACUGAGCAGACUUUGUCCACCUGUGAAGUCCCGAAUAUUAGAAACUGUCCGCUUUAUUAAAAACCUCAAUGUACCCUCAAA